CCUUAACUUGCUUCGAGCUGCCGGUGAGGUCGAGCACUAUUGCAGUUGCAGCAACGCCAUGGCUGAGGACGAGAAGUCCACCAACCAAAUCCUCCAGGCGCUCGACGCGCUCAGCCACACGCUCUACCAAGCGCGCGCUAACCGCCGCAACAACUCCCUCGCACUCCCUCGCUCUGCCGGCGACGGCAAAGAUGCCAGUGGCGUCGACGCUGUCGAGGCCGAGGCGCGCCCUCUGUCCCGCCGCUUGUCCCUGAUGUCGCCGUUCCGGUCCAGGUCUAAGCUGGACAAGAAUGAGGACAACGAUAAUGAGGAGGAGGACGACGAUGCGGCGCCGCUCAAGAGCCAGGGCUUCGCCGCGGUGACCCCGGAGGCAGCCAUGGCUGACGGGGAGAAGAAGGGGAUAUGGCGCUGGGGGCCGAUCCGCGCGCUGUCGCACAUCGGCAUGCACCGAGUGGGCUGCCUCUUCUCCGUGGAGGUGGUGGCCGCGCAGGGCCUGCUGCCGUCCAUGAACGGGCUCCGCCUCGCGGUGGCCCUACGCAAGAAGGAGACGCGCGACGGCGCCGUCCAGACCAUGCCGGCCCGCGUGCAGCAGGGCGCCGCCGACUUCGACGAGACGCUCUACGUCCAGUGCCACCUUUACCGUAGCGGCGGCGGCACCACGGGUAAGCCGCUGCGGUUCGAGCCCCGGCCGUUCGUCCUGUCGGUGGUCGCCGUGGACGCGCCGGAGCUUGACUUCGGCCGUAGCGCCGUGGACUUGAGCCUGUUUGCAAAGGAGUUCACGGACAAGUGUCAGCAAGCAGGGGAGUGCGUCCGGCAAUGGGACAUGGCGUUCCCGCUCGCCGGGAAGGCGAAGGGCGGUGAGCUCGUCAUCAAACUGGGGUUCCAGAGCAUCGACGACGGGGGCGCCGGGUUGUACACCCAAGCAGCUGGAGCAGACAAGACUAGCUCCUCGUCGUCGUUGUCCUCGUUUGCACGGAAGAUUAGCAGGUCAUCGUUCAGCGUCAUGCUGAGCCCGAAGAUGACUCGCACCGUGUCGUCACUGACGCCGAAGAUGGGGGUGUCGUCCCCGGACUUAAAGGGCAUCGACAACUUCAAGCUCGACGAGCCAACCCCAGUUGCCGAGGUCAAGGAGACGCCGGUGGCCGAGGUCACGGAGACACCGGUGGCCGUGGUCAAGGAGACACCGGUGGCCGAGGUCAAGGAGGAGCAACCGAAAGAGCCAGAGCACGAGCCGCAAGAAGCGCAAGCCGAUGAUGACUCGGAGAUCCCGGAGUUUGACGUCGUAGACAAGGGAGUUGAAGGGCAAGAAGUGAAGAAUGAAGAGAAAGAAGAGACUGAAUCGCACACUGGAGGCCUCACCGAGCUCGAGGCGAUUACAAGCCAGACGAAAUCCCUCGAGCUGACCAUGCUCGGCGACGUGUCAGACGCAGCCGCCAAGUCGGUGGAGCAGCUGGAGGACGAGGCGGCAGGGCCCGACGCCAACGAGGAGGAAGUGACCGGAGAAUCCUUGCAGGUGCUGGAACAAGGAGAAGACAAGAACGCGACCGCCAAGUCGCCGCCGGGUCGAAUUGGGUGGCGAACUAUUGCCAUCCUUGUCACCCCCAUAGCAGUCCUCGUAAGCAAAGCUCUUGUCACAACGCGCUGAAAAUAUUAGGAGCCGUUUCAAAGUGGUGUAUGCGUAUAUUGUUUGCCACAAUGGUGUAUAAGUGCUUCAUUGUAACAUAUGUAAUCUGUAGUAGUUCAACAUAACGAACAAAAAAGGAUGCAUAAUGCAUACCGGUAUUAUAGUGGAUAA